AUGCCCAUUCCCAACGGAAUAUCACCAAAUCUCAGCCCUUCGUUCUAUUUGAUCGGGGAUGAUAUUGCAACAGCACAGUCUGUUAUACUUGACGCAAAAUGGAAGCUUGAAGAUGUGAAACGAGCUGUUGGCGGGUACUUCCAUGUAGCUCAGCCUUUAGGUCUGAGUUUCCACGUCGGUGAUAACGACCAAGAAAUCACCACAGUCGAUGAUAUUCUCUCUACACCUUCUUCCACCACUAUUGGCCUUCGCGUCGACGGCCAGGCAGUCCAAAGUCCCCAGGGCCCCGAGGGUCUCCCACUAGUCGGCAGCUUCUACGAAAUCUUCCCUGACCACCUGGGCAAUCACUACCGUCUGUUCCGCAAAUACGGCCAUGUCAUCAAAACCACCAACAUGGGAAAGACGACAUACCUCACUGACAGCCCCGAGGUAGCUGCUGUGGCCCUCGCCGAAUCAGCCUACAUGACGAAAAAGAUCAACGAGAACCAUCCCCUCUGGGGCGUGAAAGACAACACUGCUAUCUUCAUCGGCGACACUGAGACUGAGAAUUGGCGUCUGGCACACAAGUUCCUACCACCAGCCAUGGGCCCCAAGGCUGUGAGACACUAUACCCCGCUGAUGCAGGAGUGUGUCCGCAAGUCCUUCGCCGUAUUCGAUGAACUUGACGAACGUGAUCAGUCAUGGAAUGUCUACCAGUAUAUGGUGAAACUUGCCUCGCAAACUAUUGGCAAGUUCUCGCUGGGAACAGACUUUGAGCAUUUCACGCAUGUCGAUGCCCCGCUGCAUCCUAUCGUGACAAACAUUGCGAACCUGCUUUCUCUGAACAAGAAGAUCACCGCCCGCGGCGAGUGGUAUCGACAUCUCCCCUUUGGAGAUCCUGCACGGCUGAAGACAGUUCAAAAGACCAUCUACUCUCUUCUACAAGAGCAGAUUGACCGCGUAAAGGGCUCCGGUAUUGCAGGAAUGGCGAUGAACGAGGCUGCUAUCAACGCUUCUUGCGUGGUGGACUACUUGCUCAACACGGUCGAUGAGUCUGGCGAGAAAUUCCCCGAGGGCUUGAUAUUGGCGAACAUGCUUAUCGUCACGGGCGCGGGCUUCACGACUACAUCUGCGUUGAUGUCUUGGCUGAUCUACUGCCUCGUCAAUUACGAGGGCACACAAGACCGGCUCUACGAGGAGCUGUGCGAGGCAGGCAUAGCCAACACCAAAGAACCUGUGACCUGGACUCCUGAGCUGGCGCAUAGUCUGUCAUAUCUCGAUUGCUUCGUCAAAGAGACCCAGCGUUUACACAAUGCCUCUUUCCAACCCGGGCGUACAACAAAGACCGAAGUCGUCUUGCCUGGGGGGUACCGUCUUCCUGCAGACAGCGUGAUUGUCCCUGCAUUAUAUGCAAUUCACACGAACCCAGAAGUAUGGCGAGAUCCCUUCCGCUUCGAUCCUGACCGGUGGACAAGCGAUGAAGUCAAGAAUAAGCACCGUUGCGCGUACAUUCCCUUUGCGACUGGUCCACGCGGCUGUAUUGGCUUCAAUUUCGCGCUUUUGGAGGUCAAGAUAUUGCUGUCGGAGCUUGUGUCUCGGUAUGAGUUCUUCCGGGAGGGAUUGGAUGCAGUCGAGUAUGAUCCUGAGUUCCAGUUGAUUCGGCCAUUGAACUUUUAUGUGCGAGCUAAGAAGAGAGCGGGCGUUGCUUAG